GCUUUUCAACCAUUUUAAUGGCAUUCUAGCGCGAUGCUACGCGACGUCCAGUUAUUCCUGCCCGUCGAAUACCGCCAGGCUUUUUCGAUGGCGCCCAGUCCACUGCAGCACACGGUAGCCAUCACCAUUCCUCCACACAUGGCCCCCGUCGCGCUGCCUCUUUUUCGAACCCACGUGCGCUCUUCAACGGCUUUUCGUCACUGUUCCGCCACUCUCACUCCAAGACCGAUGAAGCAACCGAACUCCAGCAACGCCCAAGCUUCUCUCCCGGACCUCGUAUCGUCGAAGUUGCUGCAGUACGGGACAAAAAGCCGCUGUUUGUUGCUCGCCGGCCAGAUCGUGACAAGGCAAAACGAAAACAACAGCAGCAAACCCAAUCGCACGGCCAAACCCAGGCGUCAUCAUCAGCAACUCAGCCCGCCACUGCCUCGACAUCCACGACACCUCCUGAUCAAGGCACGAAUGCUACCGCAGCAGGUGCAGCAGAUGCAGCACCCGCGCAGCCACGACCCCUCCCAUUGUGGGCUCGUUUCGUACUUUUCCUCUGUUGUGCAUCUCCUCCACAUGCCAAUGGGCAUUAAUACUGCGACGUGUGGACAACAAUUAUAUCAUGCACUGCACGAGACACUGCAGCCCAUCGAGAUCCGAGUCGCCAGCCAAGUGCGAGGCGACGGAUACUUAGACUAAUAAUGAUCCACUUCCAAUGACCCCCUUUGUUCAUUUUUCGUGUAUCACUGGAGCAUUGGGCUUCAUCAAUUGUAUAUUCUUCGGGUUAGGGUCAGAAUUCACUGAAUAUUGGAGGAUCGAGAGGCGGCAACACGUGACUGUCAUCCAGAAGACUAUCGACUUUCAUACGAAGCGAAGUGACUCGGACUUUGUCCUAAUGCAGUGAAAAAAUGUGUUUGGCACCCUGUCGA